AUGAUGGGUGACCUUCCUAUAGCUAGGCUUACUCCAUACGAGCCUCCCUUUACCUACACCGGUUUGGACUUUUUUGGUCCGUUUUAUGUCAAACGUGGUCGUGGCACCGAGAAAGUGUAUGGUUGCAUUUUCGUGUGUUUCACUACAAGGGCAAUCCAUAUUGAAGAUGUUGGAUCACUGGAGGCAGACGAUUUCAUCCAAGCCUUGCGUCGCUUUAUUUGUACUCGUGGUGCUGCCAAGGAGAUAUGGAGUGACAAUGGGACCAACUUCGUUGGUGGAGAAAAGGAGAUAAGAUUGGCUAUUCAGGGAUGGAAUCAGAAGGCAAUAAUCGAAGCUUUGCACGAAAGGGGAGUAGAAUGGCAUUCACAACCAUUGAAGAAGUGGCACUUUCAACCUCCUACCGCUAGCCACAUGUCAGGAGUGUGGGAAAGACUGAUCAGAAGCGUUCGCAAGACCAUGAAGGCCAUUAUUGGGCAUCCGCACGCCUUUGUCAAGCGCGAGACGCUGCGUACAGUGUUCGCAGAAGCAGCUGGUAUUCUCAACAGCCGACCUCUUUGUCCAAGCAGCGAAGAUCCGAACGAUUGUGAACCAAUCACGCCAAGUCAUUUCUUACAACAACGGCAAGGUCUCGCAGUACCUCCUGGUUUAUUUCAAGACACAGAAAUCCAUUCUCGAAAGCAGUGGCGCAGAGGACAAGUUCUGGCCAACCACUUCUGGGCGCGGUGGAUUCGUGAAUAUCUUCCCAUUUUCCAAGAAAGAAAGAAGUGGAUGACGAAGAAACCAAAUUUGAGAGUGAAUGAUCUGGUGCUUUUGGUGGAUACAACUCAGCCUCGAGGACAUUGGCAUCUUGGACGAGUAACCAAGGUCUUCUUCGGAGCGGAUGGUUUGGUACGUACGGCAAAAGUAAAGACAAAGAUAUCGACUUUG